UUCAAAAGUGGCUUUAAUAUGAUACAUAUUAUUGUUUUCUGAUGAAAUCCUUCCCUUCGACUAUUGUUAUUAUAUUUCAAAUCAUUUAUCACUUAAUUUUUCAGUCUAGACUUGUAAUCAUUAAAGAUGCUGUCAAUAUACGCCAAUGUUGCAACUGUGUCUUUAUGUUUUGCGUGGUUCCAGUUUAUUGGAAAGUCAUUAUCAAUUCGACUAUGCAAAAAAUAUAUUCCAUCACACCUCGAACGAUUAUCUGAUGAAGACAAAAAGACUUUAGCCAACAAAAUGAUGUCUUCAUUUAACUCAAUCUUUGUGUUUUUCAACGUGUCGGCUAUUCUUGUUCUAAAUUGGCAACGUAUACGCAGUGACCCAUAUUGGGCUGACACUUUUGUCCGCGAACCGUACUGCUGCAUCAGUUUAGCCUAUUUUUUAUCAGACAUGAUCAACGAUUUGCGAGGGAAACGAAAUUUCAAUACCAUUUUUUAUGUCCUUCAUCAUUCCAUGUGUCUGUCAACUAUUUCAAUAGUCAUAUACUACAGAGUCUUCAUUUUCCACGUAUGUAUGAGAGGAUUGAAUGAAAUGUCUACGCCUGUCCUGAAUCUUAGGUGGGCUUUGAAAAAGUUCGGCAUGGAAAAUGAAAGAAUUUAUGCUAUGACGGAAAUUGCGUUUGUUGUGACAUACUUCUUGGGUCGUAUUGUUACUAUGCCAGUAUUUUACUAUACUAUACUUAUAACGAAAGAUACUGAGGGAUAUCAGAGGCUAAAUACACUAUGCAAAGUGAUAUUCUUUGGAUCAGCAGUUGUUAUAGACACUCUAAUCAUAUACUGGUUUCUUCUGAUCUGCAAAAUGGUAUUCACCAAUGUCAAAGAACGUUCUCAGAUGAAAGGAAAAGAAGACUAGCGAUGUGAUUUUGAAUGAUUUUUAAAUUGAAUCCAAUAAUUAUUUUAGAAAUAAAAAUAUAUAUCUCAAAAUCAACAAGUUUUCGCUAUAUUGAAGCAGUAUUGUAUUUUGGGUCCAAACCAUACGAGUUUAAUCUGUAUGCUGCACUGUAUUUAGCAUCGCUGAUUUCUGGCACCUUCACCAUUAGAUUGAAACAGAGUUGUUCUGUGUGAUGAACCUCCGGGCAAUAUUUAUACUCAAGGUGAUAGAAUUAAAAAUUGACGCUUUUCGCUUGUAUAUAUCCAAAAUAUAAUUCACAAAUCAUGAAAGUUAGCUUCUUUGGUUACUGUCGCGGACCAUAGCGUCCACGUUCAUGUUGUAUAUAUAUAUAUAUAUAUAUAUAUAUAUAUAGGAAAAAAAUGCGUGUGAAAAGCGUCGGUACCCCCAAAGUAUGAGAACCAAG